AUGAGUUUCAGCACGGGCGGGAAUAAUAAGCCUUCAGCGGCAGGAGGCCGAAGUAGUAGAGAACCACCGUCAGAUCUUACUGCACCCAUACCAGUUAAAGCUAGGAGUAGACGCGCCCCGCCACCAAGUAUCCAUGAUGCCGAUGAAGAUGAUGCGACACCACCAGUUCCACAAUUUUCGGAAGGAAGGCAAGUUCUUAAAGCCUGCGACCCACGCCUUCGAAUGGCAUUUUCUAGUUGUAUAAAUGAUUUGGCUCAGGAGUUCUCCCGGAAAGGGGGCAUGAAAAGGUGGGAAGAUCUACUCGUGCCCAUGAAUCAAGUCACUAUUACGGAACGUAUCAUGACAGCCAUUGGACACAAUAACACUCUGAAUCGAAGAGAGACAGAAACCAUGGAAGGGCAGAUACAGCAGAAUGCCAACGAAAUUGCUCUAGAGAUUUUUUUGCACAGUGAGAAAAGUCAUGCUGAACAACACGAGCCUGAUAUCUCUACUGAUGAAGGGAAACGAGCAAAGUUGAGCGAGCUGAUUGGGAUGAUUCAGAGUGGUGCCGACCACUACCAGAUUCUGGGGAUAAGCCGAAGCUCGCCAGAGAAGGAUGUAAGACAGGCUUACAGGAGAUUAGCAGUUAUUUGUCAUUCAGAUAAAGCCGGUCAUAUAGACGAAGAUGCGAAAGAGAUAACACAAGCACUAAAUAAUGCCCGUGACAUUCUAUGCGACAAGGAGGAAAGGAAAAAGUACGAUAACGAGUUGACUACCAUGGAUACGGACAGAAGAGAACGGCCAACCUUUGGUGAAAGCUUUGCCUCGAAUGCCUAUAGUUGGGACAAUGAUACCGGAAAUAAGGACGAUCCACCAAGUGAGAGUAGUAGCACACAGGUUCCGACCCGUUCUCAAGAGAUUUUGGAAAUCCACAGCAAAGUAACGGAGGUCCUGAAUCACAUAUUUGCAUCGCGUUCACCACCUUCUAGUGAACACUUGAGAAAUAUCAGAAUACUUGACCGUCAAAUUGAGGACACAAACAUUGCACAAGGGGUGGACGAUAAAGCGUACCAAGUAAACUACAACUUUAUUUGUUCUCUUCAUAAAGACAUGAACAGGCAGAUUGAUAAUAUAGAAAAGGGGGCAACUACCAAAGAUGAAGCUCAUCGCAGCGCCGGCGACUGGCACAACAUGCUCAAGGACCACUUCCAGAAGAAUCAGCAAUCCGUUCAAUGGGCGGAUAUUGUAUGUCGCUUAUUAGAAAGCACUAUAAAGGAGAUGUCAGACAAUACUGAGGGAACGGGGAGGCGGCCGAGUACCUGGACGCCGUUCAAAGUGGGUGGGCAUAAAAAGAAUAAUGGAUCUCAAAUGGCCAGACCAUCCAAAGAUGAUACAUCUAAUCGAAACAGAAACAUGCCUGGGUUCGGGGGGAAGACAGGAAAGCCUAACGAAAGAGAAGACAACAUGUCAGUUGACUUUUCUCAAGAGGUUCCGAUUCGGGAAUACCCUGGCCCAGGCUACACACGACGUGGGCAUAAAAUUUUGGGCUAUAGACCCGUUUACCGCAUAUUUAUGAAUCGUCUUGGGGAGGAAGAGCGGGUACUUGCACAGGCAAGGUUCCUCGUUGAGGAUGAUGAAGAUGACAACAACAAUUUCUUGAGAGCGCUGGACAUGGACGAGGUCGGCAAGGGACCUGCAACAGACUAUGACCGGUUACCGGAAGCGGAAAAGAAUGAUCUACGAGUAUCACAUGGAAGAUAUAAACUCAUAAAUGCAAAUGAGUUUAAGCGGAUUGUAGGGAUAGAUUUUAUAGGACAAGGCUCUAUCGAUCGUUCUGCGGCAACAUGGGUUCAAGUUGAGUUACAUAACGAACCGGACGCCGUCUUGGCCAACAAACCCCACCUCAUGACACGCUCAGAGCUAAAGGAGUGGCUCGGCAAAAAGACCGGGGAUUAUGAGAUAGAUCAGUACCUAACGAAGAAGAACAUGGUACCACCUUGGGCAAUCGGAAUGGGCUUGGAGAUCUAUAGCCACGGCUAUACGAAACUCAAUUUUCCACACCCUGCAGCUGUCAAAAAGCAACAGCUUAGAGAGAUGCAGUAUGGCGGCUUGAUGCAGUACCAGAAUCCGAUGAAUCAUUACAACCCAAUGCGAAAUCAUUCUCGGUACUUACCACAGACGGCAUCACAGAGCCUCUUCCAUCAACAGCCGGAUGAUCUCGACGACCUCAAAGAUAAGGUAGAAGCCUUAACAGCUGGUUUCCAAAAAUUGUUGACACAUAUUGGGAUGAGUUCAAGCUAG